GCACAAUGUAAUUUUGCCUAGCCGCGUUUACAAAGGUAUGUACUAUACGCAAAAAUGCUGUCACUAUAUUUUCGCAACAUUGGGAAUUCAGAUUUACUUUGAACAUUGAAUCGAUUGUGUGUAUUUUGUGUGAUUUUACUAGAUUUUUUAUUAAUAAGCCGAAUUCAUUGUUUAAUGUCAAGUUAUUCAUUGUGUGCAUCGAUAUUCGUCGAUUCACGUUAAUCAAAGAUAGAUGUCGGACACAGAGAGUGAGAAUGAAUCGGAUUUGGACUUCUCGGCAUCGGAAGAUGAAUAUGUUCCAUCAGAAGAUGCAGACUCAGAGUCUGAUGAUUAUCGGGACCAGACGUUCAUUGAAGAGCCCACCUCUUCUAAAAGGAUAAAAAAAGGCAAACCAAACUCAGCGACUCGUAAAGACACCGAAGAUGAUGACGAUUCGGACAGUAGCGUUGAGAAUUAUCUCGUCAAUCCCAAUGAAAUUGACCUGUCCUCGGACUUUUUCGAUCCAAACAAAAAAGUCGUUCUGGAUGCGCCGAAAUUCGAUUGCAAUGUGGGUUUGAAACUAUCCGAUUCGGAGGAAGAAGUUUUCGAGGCAGUUCCUUCGACGAGCCGGGAAUUGUACAAUUUCUCUCCGUUGAAAAAUGCUCAGGAACAAAUGAAGAAAGUGAUACAGGAUCUGGAAAAUUUUCAAGCAAACAAUUACGGCUUAGGCAAUGCUAUGAAAUAUUUGGCAAUGGGCGAACCAUUACUAGCAACAAAGAAAUCAUCUCAGCCGAAACAUAAGGACAUUUCGAAUUCGUCGGAUGAAUCAGACUUCGAGGAAGUUGAAGAGGGGAAGGAAGCUGUUAAAAAAAGCGAUGUUGAAGUUCGCAUUGGACCUGCCGAUAAACAGAAAACUAACAAACUCCAAGCAGACAUCGAAGCUUCGAUAAAACGAAAAAUCAACCGUCGAAAAAAGGAAAGUCAGCUCAUGAUGCACAAAGUCCACUUGCUGAGUUGGAUUGCUUAUGGAAAUUAUGUGAAUAAGGUUCUCAACAGUACGAAGCUAAUGGAAAUGGUUGUCAAAUACAUUCCAUCCGAGAAAUGUUACCCCAAAGACAAAACCGAUCAACAAUUUUUCGAGCAAAUCAGCAAAUGGUUCAAGACAACAGUCGGACUGAAAUCAAAAGAGCAAAAUUGUCCAUUGAAAUGUUUGCCACCGAUUGCGACGUCAUUGGCGCUACAAAUUCAGUCGAAAAUGGCGAUCUGCAAGAAAGAUUUCGUUUUCAUUUUCAUCAUUUUACUGCGUUCUAUCGGAAUUCAGUGCAGAUUGGUGAUUAAUUUGGGAACCGUACCCAUGCGACCGGCAGCUAAGGAUCUUUGUGUAAUUUCAACGAAACCUACAGAGAAAUCGAGUUCCAAAGAUAAAGCAAAAAAGGACAAGAAAUCAACGAAAGCGGACAAAAUUUCAAGUCAAGAUAAAAAGACGCGCAAGGAUUCGACUACCAGUAAAUCGAAGGUAAAGUCUCGAACGAACAGCAUCAGUGGAGCAAUGUCGGAAAUUUUGAUGAAAAGCCCAGAACAUUCGGAUCAAAAGAAAAAGACGGAGCAUGACAAAAGGAAGAACUUAAAACGAAGUGUGUCGGUACAAAGUAGCUCGUCAGUCAAUGAUAAUGCCAAACGAAGUCGCAUCAAAAGUACCAGCUCAUCGAAAGAGUUACAGAAUGGCACAAAGCGGAGCACAUCCGUCCAGAAACCCACGUCAACGACUAGGAAAGCUUCCAAGUUGAGUUUAAACAAACAAGAGUCAGUGCAAUCGACAGAAGCACCUGUAGCCCUUAACUCGCCAAUUUCUCAUCACACUAGAAUGGGCGUUGCAAGGCGUUCUUCAGUUGCUGGUUCGCCAACCAUUCCUCAGCUGGAUGGUGGCGAUGACAAGAAGAAGAAAAAAUCCAAAAGUAAUUUGUACAAAAUCAGACUUCCACUUCGCGCAAGGUCGGUAUCCUCACCAUCGUUAAAUGCCACGUCUAUUGCGUUAGUAACACCACCUCGAGGACGAACCAAAUCAAUUACACCGAGUCUACGAUUGCCAUCCAUGUCAAGGUCCAAAUCCAAAUCUCCCGAUGUUACAUCAGAGCACGCAUCACGAAAGUCACAGUUCGAGAAAUCCAAUGACUCGUCAUCGUUGUCCGCAGAGUCGUCUUCAAAAUUGGAAACGUCGUCGAUCGAAGAGAAUCCCACAACGACAAAGCGUGGAAGGAGAACCUUAUAUACAUCUCCAACAAAACCCUGGCGUCACUUUGAUCAAACAACAAGUAAAGCAAACAUCAAUGAAAAGUCGACGUCCGAAGCGGAACUUCAACUAAAUGCUGAAACGCAACAAAUUAAAGCGGAAUCCUCGAUCCAAACAACAGCCGAAGCAACGACGCCGUUAAAGCAAUCAUUAAAUCCAGAUGAAAAAUUGACAUCCACAACGAAUGACACGAAGUCAGCUUCUAAGGAUUCAACAAUACCCCCUAUAAAAUCGGCUGCAUCGAAAAGUUCAAAAUCGAAAACGAAAUCAUCAGAUACGGGCAAAAAAUUGCCUUCCACAUCAGUAGAACCGACAUCAACUUCCACUAGUGCAACAGAACUUCAAUCAAAAUCUGCUACAUCGUCCAAAAGUUCAAAAUCGAAAACGAAAUCAUCAGAUCCGGGCAAAAAAUUACGUUCCACAUCAAUAGAACCAACAUCAACCUCCACCACUGCAACAGCAUCUCCAACAAAAUCUGCUGCAUCGUCGAAAAGGUCAAAUUCGAAAACGAAAUCAUCAGAUACGGGCAAAAAAUUGCGUUCCACAUCAGUAGAACCGGCAUCAACUUCCACUAGUGCAACAGAACUUCAAUCAAAAUCUACUACAUCGUCCAAAAGUUCAAAAUCGAAAACUAAAUCAUCAAAUCCGGGCAAAAAAUUACGUUCCACAUCAAUAGAACCAACAUCAACCUCCACCACUGCAACAGCAUCUCCAACAAAAUCUGCUGCAUUGUCGAAAAGGUCAAAUUCGAAGACGAAAUCAGCAGCUACGUCAUCAAGCGCAGUAUCGUCGACGAGCAAAGAGAGUGAAUCAAAGCCGGUAAAAAGUGCUCUGAAGCGCAAAGCCACCAUAAGUGUUUCAUCGGACAGCGAUUUCGCUCCAACUCCGAAAAAGAAAUUAUCUCCGUCAGUCGACAAACCCUUACCGAAACAGGUGGAAAGAUUGAAGAAGCGCAUCGAUCGUAGAAUAUUAUCCACUGAUGAUGAAUCCGUUGAACCGACAGUUAAGAAGGACGAUAUGAACUACUGGAUCGAAGUGUAUUGUGAAGCCGAGAGUAAAUGGAUCUGCAUUGAUUUGUUCAAGAUGAAGGUCAACUGUGUUGACGAGGUUAAGAAAAAGGCAACCAAACCCAUUGCAUACGUAUUUGCAUGGAACAACAAUAAUAAAAUCAAGGAUGUCACGCCGAGAUAUUGUUCCCAAUGGAAUACCACUACCAGAAAACUAAGAGUGCAACCGGAUUGGCUUGACGAAGCAUUGUCCCGAUAUAGAGAACCACUGAGUCAGAGAUGCGUUGCUGAAGAUAGAGAACUCGAGGAAAUCCAUGCUCAAACACCGAUACCAUCCUCAAUAGCCGAAUUGAAGAAUCAUCCGCUGUACGUUCUGCCGCGACAUCUGUUAAAAUUCGAAGGAAUCUAUCCGCCAAAUCCUGUGCCAGUGGGAUUUAUACGUGACGAGCCAAUUUAUUCCAGACUCUGCGUGCACACACUUCACUCGCGUGAGAUUUGGGUGAAACAAGCUAGAGUCGUGAAGCCGGGUGAAAUUCCGUAUAAAAUCGUCAAGGCACGUCCAAAAUGGGAUCGUUUAUCAAAUAAAAUGCUCGAACCACUACCACUGGAAAUUUUCGGACGAUGGCAAACUGGACCGUAUAUACCACCGACCGCUGAGAAUGGAAUUGUGCCACGAAAUGCAUAUGGAAAUGUUGAACUAUUUAAGCCGGAAAUGUUGCCAAAGAAAACCGUUCAUUUGAGACUUGCCGGCCUAAAUCGUGUUUGUGCCAAAUUGAAAAUUGAUUGUGCUCAGGCGGUGGUCGGAUUUGACUUCCACGGAGGCAGUUCACAUCCCACGUUCGACGGAUUCGUUGUGUGCGAGGAAUUUGCCGAGCUCGUGACUGAACGAUGGUGCGAGGAACAGGAGGAAUCUCAUCGCAAAGCGCAAGAGAAACAGAAACAAAGGGUGUACGAUAAUUGGAAGAAGCUGAUCAAGGGACUGUUGAUCAGAGAACGUCUCCAACGGAAAUACAAUUUUGCUGGCAAAGAUGAACCGAAGGGGAAGUAAUUAUUGUGGCCAUGUGGCCAGGGUGAAAACGAGUGAUUGUGAUUUUAAAACGGGUAUUUAGUGCGUCUCUAAGAUUCUUUUUAAGUGUUUUGUAAAUUUUUCGGAUUAGUAUUUUGUUCAUAAUUUAAUUUCAAUUUCUCUUUGGUUUCAAUAAAAUUAAAGUUUUGUAAA